UUAAUUUUCUGGGUGGUGCUAACUAGGACACACACACACACAGACACACCCCUUGCAAUAUUACUGCAUAUAUCAAACACACGUCGUUCAGCUUUGUAAGCUUUUGAAUCGUUUCUCUACUGAUCACCAUGGCUAGGCCACAAAAACGAUAUCGAGGUGUCCGCCAGAGGCAUUGGGGUUCUUGGGUCUCCGAAAUUCGCCACCCUCUACUGAAGACCAGAAUAUGGCUAGGCACAUUUGAGACAGCAGAGGAUGCAGCACGCGCAUACGAUGAAGCAGCAAAGCUCAUUUGCGGGCCAAAAGCACGAACCAAUUUCCCAUAUAAUCCCAAUGAUCAGUCUCAAUCAAAUUCAUCUAAGCAGCUUCUCUCAGCAACUUUGAAAGCCAAGCUACACAAAUGUCACCUGGCAUCCCUGCAAAUAGCCAAAACAUCUGUAGAGAUCAAAGAGCCCCAGGAUGCACAGUGCAUACCUGGGGUCAUGACAGCCAGGCCAAUUUGCAAUGUUUAUCUAUGUGUCACUCUUAUUGGGCCGAACAACGAGGACUUCUGA